AAACCGCUCACCUUUGCUGACUGCAUUAGUGAUGAGUUGCCGCUAGGAUGGGAAGAGGCGUAUGACCCACAGGUUGGAGAUUACUUCAUAGACCACAACACCAAAACCACCCAGAUCGAGGACCCCCGGGUUCAAUGGCGGCGAGAGCAGGAGCACAUGCUGAAGGACUACCUGGUGGUGGCCCAGGAGGCCCUGAGUGCACAAAAGGAGAUCUACCAGGUGAAGCAGCAGCGCCUGGAGCUGGCCCAGCAGGAGUACCAGCAGCUGCAUGCCGUCUGGGAGCACAAACUGGGCUCCCAGGUCAGCUUGGUCUCUGGUUCAUCAUCCAGCUCCAAGUAUGACCCUGAGAUCCUGAAAGCUGAAAUUGCCACUGCAAAAUCCCGGGUCAACAAGUUGAAGAGAGAGAUGGUUCACCUCCAGCAGGAGCUGCAGUUCAAAGAGCGUGGCUUUCAGACUCUGAAGAAAAUCGAUAAGAAAAUGUCUGAUGCUCAGGGCAGCUACAAACUGGAUGAAGCCCAGGCUGUCUUAAGAGAAACCAAAGCCAUCAAAAAGGCCAUCACCUGUGGAGAAAAGGAAAAGCAAGAUCUCAUUAAGAGCCUCACCAUGCUGAAGGACGGCUUCCGCACCGACAGAGGGUCCCACUCAGACCUGUGGUCAAGCAGCAGCUCCCUCGAGAGUUCGGGCUUCUCACUGCCCAAACAGUAUCUGGACGUGAGCUCCCAGACAGACAUCUCGGGAAGCUUCGGCACCAGCAGCAACAAUCAGUUGGCAGAGAAGGUCAGAUUGCGCCUUCGAUAUGAAGAGGCUAAAAGGAGGAUCGCCAACCUGAAGAUCCAGCUGGCCAAGCUGGAUAGUGAGGCCUGGCCAGGAGUGCUGGAUUCGGAGAGGGACCGACUGAUCCUCAUCAACGAGAAGGAGGAGCUGCUGAAGGAGAUGCGCUUCAUCAGCCCCCGAAAGUGGACUCAGGGGGAGGUGGAGCAGCUGGAGAUGGCCCGGAAGCGCCUGGAGAAGGACCUGCAGACGGCCCGGGAUACCCAGAGCAAGGCGCUGACUGAGAGGUUAAAGUUGAAUAGUAAGAGGAACCAGCUGGUGAGAGAACUAGAGGAAGCCACCCGGCAGGUGGCCGCUCUACACUCCCAGUUGAAGAGCCUCUCCAGCAGCAUGCAGUCCCUGUCCUCGGGUAGCAGCCCCGGGUCCCUCACAUCCAGCCGGGGCUCUCUGGCCGCCUCCAGCAUAGACUCCUCCAACUCGGCCAGCUUCACAGACCUCUACUAUGACCCCUUUGAGGCGCUGGACUCGGAGCUGCAGAGCAAGGUGGAGUUUCUGCUCCUGGAGGGGGCCACGGGCUUCCGGCCCUCAGGCUGCAUCACUACCAUCCACGAGGACGAGGUGGCCAAGACGCAGAAGGCAGAGGGGAGCAGCCGCCUACAGGCCCUGCGCUCUCUGUCUGGCACCCCGAAAUCCAUGACUUCCCUGUCCCCCCGCUCCUCCCUGUCCUCCCCAUCUCCACCCUGCUCCCCUCUCCUCACUGACUCUGUCCUGACCGGAGACACAUUCCUGAGCCCUCUGGAGUUUGAAGACCCUGAGCUGAGUGCCACUCUUUGCGAAAUGAGCCUUGAUAGCGACGCCCAGGAAAGCUACCGACUGGAGGAACCAGGAGCAGAGGACAAGCCGCUGGGCCAAGCUGUGAAUGCAACCAAGGGGUGCAGCCUGAAAGUCGCCUGUGUCUCAGCUGCUGUGUCGGAUGAAUCUGUAGCUGGGGACAGCGGUGUGUAUGAGGCUUCCGUGCAGAGACUGGGUGCUUCCGAACCUGCUGCUUUUGACAGCGACGACUCAGAAGCAGUGGAUGCUACUCGGGUUCAGAUUGCCCUAAAGUAUGAUGAGAAGAAUAAGCAGUUUGCAAUCUUAAUCAUCCAACUCAGUAACCUGUCGGCUCUGUUGCUGCAACAAGACCAGAAAGUGAACAUCCGUGUGGCUAUCCUUCCCUGCUCCGAGAGCACCACCUGCCUGUUCCGCACCCGGCCCCUGCACGCCUCAGACACCCUCGUGUUCAACGAGGUGUUCUGGGUGUCCAUGUCCUAUCCCGCCCUUCACCAGAAGACCUUAAGAGUCGAUGUCUGUACCACCGACCGGAGCCACCUGGAGGAGUGCCUGGGAGGUGCCCAGAUCAGCCUGGCUGAGGUCUCCCGGUCUGGGGAAAGGUCGACUCGCUGGUACAACCUCUUGAGCUACAAAUACUUGAAGAAACAGAGCAGGGAGCCCAAGCCACUGGGAGCCGUGGCCCCCACGCCAGGACCUGAAGUCACGGAUGCCGUGUCGGCUCUGUUGGAACAGACAGCUGUGGAGCUGGAGAAGCGGCAGGAAGGAAGAAACAGUGUCCAGACCCUGGAAGACAGCUGGAGGUACAAGGAGACCGCUGAGAACGAGAUGGUGGCUCAAGAGGAGGGAGAAGAGGAGGAGGAGGAGGAAGAGGAGGAGGAGGAGGAAGAAGAGAAUAUUUUCAUUGAGAAAGACUCACCAGACAUGGACAAGUGUCAGGCCUUAAAGGUGGACAAAGAGACCAACACAGAGACCCCGUCUCCCACAGUGGUGCGGCCCAAGGACCGGCGGGUGGGUGCACCAUCCCCAGGGCCAUUUCUUCGAGGAAGCACCAUCAUCCGCUCUAAGACCUUCUCACCAGGACCCCAGAGCCAGUAUGUGUGCCGGCUAAACCGGAGUGACAGUGACAGCUCCACCCUGUCCAAGAAGCCGCCUUUUGUUCGAAACUCCAUGGAGCGGCGCAGUGUCCGCAUGAAGCGGCCUUCUUCAGUCAAAUCCCUGCGUGCCGAGCGCCUGAUUCGCACUUCCCUGGACCUUGAGUUAGACCUACAGGCCACCAGAACCUGGCACAGCCAACUGACUCAGGAGAUCUCGGUGCUGAAGCAGCUCAAAGAGCAGCUUGAACAAGCCAAGAGCCAAGGAGAGAAGGAGCUGCCGCAUUGGCUACGUGAAGAUGAGCGCUUCCGCCUGCUGCUGAGGAUGCUGGAGAAGCGGAUGGACCGAGCAGAGCACAAGAGUGAGCUCCAAACAGACAAGAUGAUGAGAGCGGCUGCCAAGGAUGUGUACAGGCUCCGAGGCCAGAGCUGCAAGGAACCUCCAGAAGUGCAGUCUUUCAGGGAGAAGAUGGCAUUUUUCACCCGGCCUCGGAUGAAUAUCCCCACCCUCUCUGCAGACGAUGUUUAAUCGCCAGCAAAGUGUUUCUUUCGUUCCACUGACCAGGCUGUGAACAGAGACUGUGGCUAAAGUUAUUUAUGUGGUGUUAUAUGAAGGUCCCGAGUCCCAAGUCCUCUAGCGCUCUUGUUGGUGUGAAGAUGAACAGAUUUUUUUUUUUUUAGUUUGGGUUCUAUUGUUAUUAAAA